CAGCCCCGUGUCCCCUCUGCAGGAGCUCAGUGGGGGCCGGGAGCAGCACCCAGACCCCACACCCAGCGCAGGGCACAGUCCCUCCCAGAGGAAGCGGCCGCGGCCCUGCCUGCGUCCCCACAGUGCCUGGGGGGUCCCUGGAGAGUCUCUGCCCACCAUGGAGCUCCUGCUGCUGGUGCUGCUGGCCGUGCCCUCGGCCACUGGCAUCAAGGAGCUGUCCCUGGACGUGGCCCCCGACGCCUUCGACGACCAGUACUGGGGCUGCCGGGACGAGAUGCUGAAGGCGCUGCCGAAGCUGAACCGCUCCGAGUUCGCCACCAACGGGGUUUACGCCAGAGCCUGGGCCGAGGCCGCUGCCGGCUGGGGGAGAUCCCGGGGGUCCCUCCUGCGGCAGGACCAGGGCAUCGCCCUCCGGGCGUUCGCGCAGCGCACGGAGCUCUACGAGCAGCUCAACAGGGCGGUGCCCAGGGCCGGGAGCUCCCCCCGGGAAUAUCUGGAGAGAUUUGACUUCAAGGUGCUGCAUUUCCUGCUGACCACGGCCCUGGAGGACCUGCACGAUGCCCCGAGCCACCCCCGCUGCCUCCACGUGUUCCGGGGUGUGGACUGUGUCCACUUCACUGCCCAGCCCGGGGACGUCGUCCGCUUCGGCCACUUCGCCUCCUCCUCCCUCAACCAAACUGUGGCCGAGGGGUUGGGCACCGACACCCUCUUGGAGCUGGACACCUGCCACGGCGCCAGGAUCCGGGAAUUCUCCGACCACCCCGAGCGGGAGGAAGUCCUCAUCCCGCCCUUCGAGACCUUCAGCGUCACCAGUGUCACCCGGCGAGGGGACAAACCCCACAUCCUGCUCCGCUCCCUCGGCGUGCACAGCAAACACAACUGUGUCUACGCCUCAGGUGGUCAGCAGCAGUGGCCAAAGGGACCCCCCACACCUCGGGGGGCUCCUCCUGGCAAUGCUGGCCCUGGCAGUGGCCAUCGGCACCCCCUGAGCCACGAGGACACCGCUGUCACCUCUGCCACCGUGCCCGGCCCAGCCGAGGGCUCAGGAACGGAGCCACCGGUGUCACCAGGACGGCAGGACGGGCCGGGGGGCACGGGGACCCCCCGCUGCAGGGGGACACUGGACAAGCCCAGGGGACGCCCUCCCUGAGCCAUG